AUGAUUCAUGGACCGUGUGGUGCCAUCAACCCCCAAUCACCUUGCAUGGUCGAUGGAAAGUGCUCUAAACGAUAUCCACGGAAAUUAACGGCGGAGACUGUCACUGGCAACGAUGGGUAUCCGCUGUAUCGGCGUCGAUCACCAGAUGACAACGGUCGAACUGUCACAACGAAAGUGAAAAGAAUGGAUUUCGUUGUCGACAACAGUUGGAUUGUUCCAUAUUCGCCACUUAUUUCUAAAACGUUCAAGACACAUUGCAACGUUGAAUACUGCAAUUCAGUUAAGUCCAUAAAAUAUAUUUGCAAAUAUGUUACGAAAGGCAGUGAUAUGGCGGUUUUUGGAUUGCAAUCCUCGAAUACCAACGAUGAAAUUUCACGCUAUCAAGUUGGUCGUUAUGUGAACUGUAAUGAAGCGAUUUGGCGUAUGUUCGCAUUUCCCAUUCACGAACGUCAUUCUACUGUUAUAAAUUUGCCGGUGCAUCUAGAGAAUGGUCAACGAGUAUAUUUCACGGCUUCGAAUGCUACGCAACGUGCUGAAACACCUCCAGCAACUACAUUGACCAGUUUUUUUGCAAUCUGCCAAAGCGAUCAGUUUGCACGAACUUUGCUUUACUCGGAGAUGAAACGUUAUUAUACUUGGAAUGCUUCAUCCAAGAAUUUUCAAAGACGGAAGCAAGGUGAUGCGGUUUCUGGGUAUCCAGAUGUGCGUUCUACUGAUGCUCUUGGUCGUAUGUAUACAGUUCAUCCAAAGAAUGAUGAAUGUUUCUAUUUGCGGUUGUUGCUGGUAAAUGUGCGUGGGCCAACUUCAUUUGAGACACUACGAACUGUUAAUGGUGUAAUAUUCCCAACAUAUCGUGCUGCAUGUGAAGAAUUGAACUUAUUAGAAAACGAUACCCAUUGGGAUACGACAAUCGCUGAAGCCAUUAUCUCUGCAUCUCCAAGUCAGAUACGCACAUUAUUCGCUAUCAUAAUUUCGACAUGUUUUCCAUCAAACCCAUGUAAUCUGUGGCACAAAUACAAGGAUAGUAUGUCAGAAGAUAUUUUACAUCAAAGUCGUGUCAGUUCCAGAAAUCACGAUAUUGAGAUGAAUGAGGAGAUACAUAAUCGUGCUUUACUCUUGAUCGAAGAUAUGUGCUACCUCAUGUGCGGUAAUUUAUUAAUCAGGUUAGGAAUGCCAGCGCCAAAUCGUGAAAUGAAUGACGCAUUUAAUCGAGAAUUGGAACGGGAACGUGAAUAUGAUCACCAGGAAUUAGAUUUAGUAGUUCAAAGGAAUGUACCCCUGUUGAAUUACCAACAAAAGGAAGUUUAUGAUACUUUAAUGAAGGUAAUCGCUGAUGAAAAUGGUGGUUUAUAUUUCCUAGAUGCCCCUGGUGGAACUGGCAAGACAUUCCUUAUGUCAUUAGUUUUAGCAACUGUUCGGGCGAGAUCCAACAUAGCGGUUGCAGUUGCUUCUUCUGGAAUAGCAGCCACAUUGUUAGAAGGAUGCCGUACGGCUCAUUCAGCAUUCAAAUUACCGUUAAAUCUUCAAAUUAUUGAAGAACCAAUGUGUAAUAUUGCAAAACACUCAGCAAUGGCCAAAGUUUUAGCGACAUCGAAAAUCAUCAUCUGGGACGAAUGCACAAUGGCGCAUAAACGUGCAUUAGAAGCAAUUAACCGAACAUUAAAAGAUUUACGCAAUGACUCGAGAUGUUUUGGAGGAGCAAUGAUUUUACUGUCUGGCGAUUUCCGCCAAAUACUGCCAGUAAUUCCAAGAUCUACGGCUGCCGACGAAAUAAACGCUUGCCUCAAAUCGUCAAAUCUAUGGCGCUAUGUGAAGAAACUGCAGCUGACAACAAAUAUGAGAGUUACAUUGCUUAAUGAUACAUCUGCUGAAGAUUUCUCGGAGCAAUUGCUGACUAUCGGUAAUGGUCAAGUACCUGUCGAUGAAUCGAGCGGAUUAAUAUCAUUUCCAAAUAAUUUCUGUAAUUUUGUCUCAUCAAAAGACGAACUUAUCAACAAUGUAUUUCCAAAUAUUAUUUCUAACUACAAAAAUAAUGAAUGGUUGAGUGAGCGAGCAAUUUUAGCGGCUAAGAAUAAAGAUGUAGAUGACCUGAACUACAUAAUUCAAAAUAAGAUCAUUGGAACAAUGCAUUCAUUCAAAUCUAUUGACUGCGUCACAAAUGAAGAUGAAGCCACCAACUAUCCAAUUGAAUUUUUAAACUCUUUGGACGUACCUGGCUUACCACCGCACAAUUUACGCCUAAAGGUUGGCUCCGUAGUAAUCAUGCUUCGAAACAUAAACCAACCAAAACUGUGCAACGGUACGCGUUUGGUGCGAUAUGCCCACAGCACCAACGCCAGCCGUUCGGUCAACGAUCCACGUGACACGCCCGGGGCCCGCUCCAGCUCCUCGAACCCCUGCGGCCAUAGCGCCACCAACCGCUGCCCGUGCAUCACGCGCGAACCCGACGCCGGUGCCAGCAGCUCCGCAGCGCACCCGAUGCCCACUUUGUCGGCGCCCACACCGAUUGCCACACUACAGCAUCUUCAAGAAGAUGCUACCACCGCUACGACAGCAGAUCGCCCAGGCACAUGGCCACUGCUUGAAUUGCUUGGCGACUACCCACUCCACGCCGGAGUGUACUUCAAGCUAUGGGUGCCAAAUAUGCAUGCGGCCGCAUCACACCCUCCUACAUCGCGAGGGGCAACCUGCCCCCCGCAACCGUGGUACGAACCAACGCCCGCAGUCGAACCAUGUUGCACGAAGGCAACCACGGCACUCAGAUAA